AUGGAACAAGUGAUACGAUUUCUACUACGAAAUACAGACCUAAACAAACGAGGUGAAUUAAAUCCAGCCCUGGAUUUUGAAAACAAUGAAGCAAACUUGGGUCCUGGGGAAGUAGAUGAUGCUGAUGAGUUAUCACCAAAUACAAGUCUUCGAGUGCCGCAUAAUUUACAUAAUCCUAAUUAUAUGAAUGACGAGGCAUCACUGAUCCAUUUUAUUAAUAAUCCACUAGCUAAUGCUAUACAACUAUCUAGAAAGACUUUUAAAACACCAUUUACUAAGAAACCAACUAUUUAUACGGGAAAUUUCGUACGACCUACUCCAAGUAAUAUACUAAGUUUACCACAACGAUUAUUAAGAUGGAUUUAUUCCAUGUCUAUGGUUGUUUGUAUCUUGUUGAUGUUGGGAUUCAUAGCUGUUACUCCGUUAGAUGUUGUUGUACAAACUUUGGGCACUGGGAAUGACACAGCAGUUAAAACAUUUAUUGUUAUUAUUGUUUGUGUGGUAUUUUUAUUUGUACUGAUUAUUAUAUAUCUUGCAAGAGUUUAUCAAUUUAGAAUAAGUCUUAAUGAUAUUCCUAACAAGAGUCUUUAUAUUCCAUUUGAGAAUGAUUAUCCUCGUCCUGUUUUCAAAUAUAUUGAUAAUAAUUUACAAAAAUGUUUUGAUAUUAAGUUCAAAGCAGGUCCUUUACAAGAUGAAAAUUGUAUUAUUAAUCAUCCAGGGUUAUCACCACCAGAAUAUAUUCAAAAGAUUAAUUCGACUAAAAGGAAAAUCGUUAAUGAUGAUGUGGCAGCAGAUGGAACUUUAUUACCUCCAAAUGUUCAAUAUGAAGAUAUAAUUAGAAGUUUAGGUGAUAAAUUUUAUAUGGGGAAGAUAUUAACUCAAGAUGAUAUACCAAUUGAAUUAUCAAUGAAAGAGAUUAUCUUAUAUUUGGCUAAACAAUGUAUGGAAUAUGAUUUAAUUAAUAAUAAACAUGAAAAUAUUCCAAAUAUAAAUCGAUUAAUUGAAUUAUAUGAAAAUUUUCGAUUUAAUAAUAAAUUAAUUAAACAAGAAGAUAUAUUUGAAUUUAUGAUUGAAUUUGAUAAAUUUGGACAAAUUUGUCAGAAUGAUUAUCAAAUGAAAUUACCAACUCCUUCAAUUAGUAGAAGAAUGAGUAGAAUAAGUCACAAUUUGGAUUAUAAUAGUGAUUAUUUUUACAAUCCCAGCAAUUAUUCCCAUGCUUUAUUUGACGACGAUGAUAAUGAUGAAGAUGAUGAAUUUAAUCAAAGUGAUGAUGAUUGGGAUAAUGAUGAUGAUUAUGAUAAUUUUUAUAAUUAUAGAAAAGAACCACAACCUCCUUAUCAAUAUUUACAAUUGGAUAAAUCAUCAUCAGAUGAAAAUAAUCCAUUUCAACAUCGUAAAGUUGAAAAUAAAUACUUUGAAAAUGCAACAAAUGGACUUGAUUAUGAUGAUGAUGAUGAUGAUGAAGGAAAUGGAGUUGAAUCAGUUAAAAGAUUGAACAAUCGUGGAAGUUUUAGUAGUUCCAAAUCAGUUAUAAGAAAUAAAUUGGCAUUAGAAAGUCGUCAUACAUUACUGAAUAUCAAUCCUAAAAAUAGACGUCAUUAUCAAGAUGAAGAUGAAGAUGAUUAUAAUUCAUUACAUAGGAAUAUCAGUGGUUAUGUCACUGAUGAAGAAGAAGAAGAAGACGAUGAUGAUGAUGAUGAAGAUGAAGAUGAUGAGUGUGACGAAGAUGAAGAAUAUGAUGAUGAUCAACAAUUUUAUCAAUUUAGGAGAAGAAGACCAGUUUCUCAUCAGCAACAACAACAACAACAACAGGGAUUAAAUAUAUCACCAGUUCACAGUAUAAAUAGCGUUGAAGUUAAACCAAUUUAUAAAUAG